AUGGAAAUUAACGGGCUCUCUGGAUUCCAGUGCAGGAUUGAGACUUUAUUGUGUAAAUCCAUCAAUAAAGGCAAUCGAAGUGAGUGCAUGAAAAUUUGGUCACUUCUGCGCAGUGGGAAGUUUUCCUGUCCCACCAACAAAGAGCCUGUCAGCAGCCCAGAUGGCAAAGCAGACCUCAACAAGUGCCUGAUGUGCCAAAGACUGAUGGAAAGAGACUCAAAAAACAAAGGGAGUGGUGGAGAGGUGAACAGGAACGUGAAUUCCUUGGGAGAGGAUGAAUGCCGAGAGUUUCGGGACCUGUUUAAGAAAGGGAAACUUUCCUGCACCAGAGAAAAUGACCCUGUCCGGGAUUCCUCUGGGAAACAACACAGCAAUAAGUGUAUCAUGUGUGCAGAGAAGUUCAAAAGAGAGAAUGAGCGGAAGUUAUCUAAAAACAGACAAGGAAAAGAUAAGGAUGACUGCAGUGAGUAUCGGUCCCAGUUUGAAGCUGGUGGACGACUGUCCUGCACGAGGGAGAAUGACCCUGUUCGGGAUUCCUCUGGCAAGCAGCACACCAACAAAUGUCUCAUGUGCGCUGAGAAGUUCAAAAAAGAAGCCCAAAGAGGAGGUCAGUCGGGUGGAACUGCCCAGCGCAACAAACCACUUGCUUCAAAGAGUACAAAACAGAAGAACUGUGGUGGUUCAGGGUCAUGGCAGGGGGUGAAUGAGAGCCGUCCCUUCUCGUCAAGCAGAGGCCCACAAGGAACCGUGGCUCAGAGUGGUAGAAACUGCAACCAGGCACCUGGCCGCAAGGCACAGAGCAGAGAUGACACCGAUGCCUCCCAGCUGGUAAACUCUCCUUCUGCAUCUUGGAUGGCAGCUGUUUGGGCAGAAAUGGCACCUCUCUCAUGGGGUGCUCCUCUGCCAGUGUGA